GGGAAAGUGAAAUAUUCCCACAAUGUGGAAACAAGAAGAGAAUCUGCAAUUGGCUUGACUCUCACCAAAAGCUCCAUUCCAUUGCUUAAUCAGUCUGCACAAAAGGAAACCUUUCAAGGCACCAAAUUCCGAACCCUUCAUCCUUCAAAUGUUUGUCUACCUAGUUGCCAUAAACCCAAUUCCUUGUUCAUGAUCUACUCCAAGUUACUCUUGUGCACAAGCAUAGAUUAGGUAGGUUCAAUUGAACUUUUCUAUUUUUGUUUUGUAUUUUUGGCCUCAGGUUGAAUCUCUAUAAUGGGUACCUCAGUUUUCAUGCCUAAGUAUAGGAAUUACAUCAUUUUCUUGAAUAUCUCACUUCUCCUAGUGGCAUGUGCUCUCUUGAUUAUACAUUUUCACCCUUCAGAAUAUCUGGUUCUAAGCAGUCUUGAAAUUUUCAGAGACAGCAAUACACUAGAUUGCAAGGGUUUUCUUCGUUUAGAUGACUAUGAAGCCAAGUGCCUCUACCUUAAAUCCAAAAACCCAUGUGUCUCUCAAGGCUAUAUUGACUAUCUUUUCAUUUUCUACUGCAAUUUUGGAAGUUUUCCUCUUUUGGGUUAUUUUCUUAUGUUUUUGUGGCUCCUGGUUUUGUUCUAUUUGUUGGGGAAUACAGCUUCUGAAUACUUUUGUUCUUCACUGGAAAAUCUAUCAAGGCUACUAAAAUUGUCCCCUACAAUUGCUGGAGUCACUCUGCUCUCUCUUGGCAAUGGAGCCCCUGAUGUUUUUUCCAGUCUUGUUUCGUUUAUGGGUGGUGGGACAGGUGAAAUUGGUCUUAGUACAAUUUUGGGGGGAGCUUCCUUUGUAUCAUGUGUUGUGGUUGGAAUCAUAAGCAUUUCAAUCCGCCAGAGGCGUAUUCGAGUUAAGAAAUGUGACUUUGUGAGAGAUAUUUGCUUCUACCUUUUGGUCAUUCUGUUCUUGGUUCUGAUCUUGAUUCAGAGUGAAAUAGAUGUGUGGGCUGCAAUGGCUUUUGCUUCAAUGUAUGUUGUUUAUGUGAUUGUGGUUUACAUCUCACAUACUCAUUGGAAGAAUGCUGCUGGGGAUAUCAGUGAAUCAAACUGUACUUCCAGGAAUGACAUGGACUUGAGUGUACCAAUUCUUAGCAACAUGGAAAAGGAAGAGCUUAGUGCUGCAGAGGAAGGAGCUGUAGAAGGCAGUUCUGAAGUACUAGAAGUCAAGAAAUGCUGCUCUAAUCUUAGAUCAUCAGCUUCUUGUCGUAUGGUUUUUUUCAUACUCGAGAUGCCUCUUUAUCUGACAAGGAGAUUGACUAUUCCUGUUGUUUGUGAAGAGAGAUGGUCUAAGCCGUAUGCAGUUGCUUCAGUGACACUAGCACCAGUGCUAUUGUCAAUCCUUUGGAACCAUCAAUUUGACUGUGUUACCUUCAUGACAAGCUUGGUGAUCUAUAUUACUGGAUUGAUUCUUGGAGUCACUUUUGGGCUUGUUGCAUUUGUGACAACAGAGAUGUCAAGCCCACCAAAGAAUUGUUUAUUUCCUUGGCUUGUUGCAGGGUUUCUAAUGAGUGUUGCUUGGAGUUAUUUUACAGCUCAGGAAUUGGUGGGUUUGCUAGUUUCAGUAGGGUACUUAUUAGGUGUAAGUCCUUCUAUCUUAGGGCUAACAGUCCUUGCUUGGGGUAACUCAUUUGGAGAUUUGAUUACCAAUUUGACAAUGGCUUUGAAUGGUGGACCUGAAGGAACUCAAAUUGCAUUUGCAGCCUGUUAUGCUGGUCCCAUCUUCAACAUUCUGUUUGGAUUAGGCUUAUCCCUUGUUGGCUCUGCUUGGUCUACAUAUCCAUCACCUCUUGUGAUCCGCGGAGAUCCAUACCUGUUGGAGACAGUGUGUUUCUUAGCAGGAGGCUUGCUUUGGGCACUUGUGGUUCUACCGAGGAGAAAUAUGAGGCUUGAUGGGGUCUUGGGAGGGGGGCUUUUAGUUGUAUACAUCAGCUCUAUGUCUUUGAGGUUGAUUCAAACACUUGGUUCUCUCAAGCUUCAAAAAGAGAUAAACUAAUCCUAGUAACUGUGGUAUGAUAUGACUGAAUUGUAGAUUUGUAAAUUAGUUAUAAUGUAAAUAGUUACUUACAAACUUUGUUUAGUCUAGUUGACAAACUAAGUUGCAGGCUGCUUGUGUUUUCAGCUUCAACUGAGGUGUCUGGUGUAGUUGAUAAGCCCCUAAUUUCUUGUUUUGUUUUGAGUCUAUAAUUUCUCCUAAAUAUCGAAAUUAUGUAGCUUUCGGGAACGCCAUGCCUUUGCACCAAGGUAUGAUUUUCCAAAGAGAUUUGGUAAUUGCAGGUUUGAGUUGUAAGUCUGUCUGAAGACAAAGAGAAUAGCUUGUUCUUACAAUAUAUAUAACCUCCUUUGUGUAUUGGUAAAGAGGUGGUUGAGCCAAGUCGCUAUUGUUAUUUUGUGUAUUCAAGGAUUUGAUAAAUAAAUCCUGCUUUGUUUUUCUCUAACA